AUGGCCAACACAAACGACACUCUUAGAUUUGUCUUAUGGAACGUGAGGGGGGUGGGAAGUCCGACCAAGACUGACAGGAUCUUUGCCCACUUGCAACAGCUCAAAGGUGAUAUAUUUUUUAUUCAAGAGACCCACCUUCGUAACAGAGAGAAACAGUCACACAACCUUCAGUCCAAUAUCAUAUCCCAGUUUGCUGAACAGCACCAGAUUGUCACUGAGAAAGAGCAACGCGUACUGGCAGAUAUCCGAGAGGAAGAGACGAAGAUUCUAAAUACAAUGGAGGAAAAUCUUGGAGAGAUUCAAGAGAAUUUAAAUUCCAUUCAGGAGGAACUUUUAAAGUUGCAACAACAGAUGGAUCAAAAAGACAGUAUGGUGUUUCUGAAGGAGGAAGUUGGUCGUAAGCGAAGGGUUCGUGAUGAAGCCAAACCACUGUCGGUGGUAGAUGAAGCCUUGCCGAUUGAAAAGUUUCAUUGCUCUGUUUCGUUCAACACGACAUUCAAAGAAAUAUCUGAGGACUUCAAGCGAGGAGAGGACCCUGAGGUUAAUUCCCUGUUCCCUUCUCCCUCCCCUGCAGAUGAGGUGCUGACCAGCACCUACCGGCAGCUCUUCCACCCCGAGCAGCUCAUCACCGGCAAGGAGGACGCGGCCAAUAACUACGCCCGGGGCCACUGCUCGAUCGGGAGGGAGAUCGUGGACCUGAUGCUGGAUCGCAUCCGGAAGGUGGCCGACCAGUGCACCGGGCUCCAGUGGUUCCUCGUCUUCCACAGUUUCGGGGGCGGCACCGGCUCGGGCUUCACCUCCCUCCUCAUGGAGAGACUCUCCAUCGACUACGGCAAGAAAUCCAUAGAAACAUUUUCCGUCUACCCGGCGCCGCAGAUCUCCACCGCCGUGGUCGAGCCCUACAACGCGGUGCUGGUCACCCACUGCACCCUGGAGCACUCCGAUUGCUCAUUCAUGAUGGACAACGAGGCCAUUUACGAUGUGUGCCGGUGGAACCUGGACAUCGGACGCCCCACCUACACCAACCUCAACCGCCUGAUCGCGCAGAUCGUGUCGUCCAUCACCGCCUCGCUGCUCUGCGACGGCGCCCCCAAUGUGGACCUGACUGAGUUCCAAACCAACCUGGUUCCCUACCCACGUAUCCACUUCCCGCUCGCCACCUACGCGCCCCUCAUCUCGGCCGAGAAGGCUUACCACGAGCAACUGUCGGUCCCUGAAAUCACCAACGCCUGCUUCGAGCCGGCCAACCAGAUGGUGAAAUGCGACCCCCGCCAGGGCAAGUACAUGGCGUGCUGCAUGUUGUACCGCGGUGCCCGACCGGAUUCAAGGAGGUGCGCGACGGAUCGACCGGGGACUGGAAUGGCCGUCCGUUUCCGGAUCGUGGCUCAGGUGGCUAGCAUG